AUGGAAGCUGAUCAGAACGCCAGGUUGUUUCGUUUGCCGUUCAAAUUCCCAUCUUUCGCCGGUUUAAGGAGGAUCUCGGUGUAUUUGUCUGGUGUGCUUUAUGCGGUAGGGUUUUGGCUCUUUUUGGAUGCUGUCAUCUAUUCGAAACAUGCUAAUGCUUCAGACGUGCAUGUUACGUUUGUCGAUUGGAUACCAUUUCUCUGUAGCACGUUUGGCAUGCUGAUAGUCAAUUCGAUUGAGAAAAACACGCUGUUACAGGGAGCAUUGUCUGGCGGUGGGAUGAGUUCGUUUGCUGGCAGCGAUCUAGACUCGUCAAUGGCAUGGCAAGCCCGCGUUGUGCUUUUCUUUGGGUUUGCGUUGCUAGCCGGUGGCCUGUCCGGAUCGAUCGUUGUGCUUAUCAUUAAGUUCUUGGCGAAGAACUACAAUACUUAUCCGACCGUUGGAAUGGGGGUUAAUAACGUGCUCGGUAACUUCUUCAUUCUGAUGAGUUGCGUGUUGCUUUGGAUCGCGCAAAACAUGGAAGACGAAUAUUCAUAUUCUUUGACCCUCUAG